AUGUUCCUUUCGCUUUUGACAGCAGACGCCGCUGCCUCUCACGGCCAUGAGUUCUCCUCUUCGCGGCCGUCGUCGCCCGACCGACGCUCUCCGAUUCCUCGAGUGCUCACCCCUCUUAGCAUACUCUCUUAUGGAGCGCGAGCGAAAACACCCCCCUUGUCAGUCACUACCAGCGCAUUGAACACCGAGUCUAUCAAGCAGAACAACGACAGCAUGAGUCAGCACCGGGCAAUCUCGUUUGCGGAGCCCGAACCUCGAGAGUCUGACAGCACUUAUACCGUUCAAUCGAGACCGACUACCUCCAGCGGCGAAGUUCUGGACGACCAGAUUCAGAAUAAACGACUUCCGCGAUCCAAAACGUGCUACUGUUUUGGACAUCCUCCUUCGAACAAAGACAUAACGCAAAAGUUGCACCUACAAUCGAAACUGGUACUACAGUUGCAGCAGCUAUACACCUCUCCAAGGCCGAAGCCUGCCUACGAGGUGUUCCCGUCCGCACUACUUGCCGUAAACCUCAAGAAAAAGUAUGCCCAGGAGUUCAAAAGCAGGGACAAGCUAGGCAUCGAGGAUCUGGUGGUAGUUACGGCGGAAGACUACAAGACCGCCGGGAGUGACGAAGGCGACGACGACGAGGGCUGGGCGGCUCGCGAAGUGUUUGGUUGUAUAUGCGUGUCGAAGAAGGAGGAAGCAGGCACAAGGUCAAAGAUCGACAUCAUCCUGGAAGACAAUGUUGUCUGGGAGGCCAGGUCAUUUCCAAGCGGCGCAUACGAGUUUAAGAUGACAGAUUCGCACGGGCUGAAUCACACAGCCCGCUGGCUCCCUCGAAAGUCCAAACCUGAACGCAGUUCUAAGGACGCUGGACGGACCCCUUCUGCCCCCGUCGAAUCGAACAAGCGGUUUGCAUUCAGUAUUCUAGACCCUAGUUCGAGGCGUCACCCAAUUGUCGCUACAAUGGCGACCACUGGCAUUGAUAUUUCGGACUGGUAUAUUAUGCCGUCGCCCGCUUCGGCUACCACUUCUCCCACCUCCCCUGCACAGAGCCCAUUGUCCGACGAGUCGGAGCCGGACCAAGACUUCAAUACGGAAACAACAACCACCAGCGACCCUGUGGUCAAGACAACGGAAGAUUCUCUGCGGAAGCUGAUUAUCGUCACUGGCAUCUGGGUAGCCUUCUGUGAGAACUGGUCACCCACAUUCCGUUACUCGCUCACUUCGCCAGCGUCCACAAAUCAGUCAUCGAUGCGGAGAUUGGCGAAUCGGCCUUCGCCUGUCCCGCGCUCGGCUUCGAUGCCGACAGGGUUUGGGAGUGCUAGUCGCCCCGCCACGCCCGAUAGCACGAUCACUCGGAGCAGUUUUGCUAAGAUACUGCAUUCUGCUGGUGCUAUUGUUCACCGCUCCACAGCAUCCGCCACCUCCAUCCUGUCGACUUCCCCACCUCCGGCGCCAGGGGGCUCCGGAACCCGCUCGCAGCGCGCAAACACUGCAAGCACCGCGUCUUCGCUGCGUACAUCGAGCCUUCCGGACCGUGUGACGUCAGCUCCUAGUCCCAAGAAGAAAGUAUCGCAGGUCAUAGAGGGCCAGAAAGAUGGACCUGCGGACGAAGCGAACACGAUGGAGAUGGUGUUCCUCUCCGGCGAGGGCGCCACCGAGUCAGACUCAGACUCAGAUGCAGAGGCCUCCACCACCACGGCCGAGGACUCGACAUCACAGCACACUCCGGCUCGCGCGCCGAAAGCAGGGAUUCCCAUCACGGACAACAUACGGGCGCUGGACGCUGCAGCCACCGACGAGCCUGUCCCGCAGCAUGAUGCUGCGAUGGACUCGAGUCCCGAGACGGCGAGAUGCUACCCCUGCCGUCGUAGGAAAGCCAUGAGCGAAACUACGGCCGGCAAUAAUGCAGCUGCUGGACAGCGAGAGGCAGGAUUUCGACGGCUGCUGGGGUUUUUCAGGCAGGGUGGCUGA